AAAAGGUACUUGAUUGGUGCCAACUUAUCUGCUGCUGCUGAAAGGGAUGGAGGCGGUCCUCCAUCGAGGCCAAGACUCGGUGACAUACCGGAGAGCUGCGCGGCCUUGAUCUUAGCACAGUUAAACCCACCUGAGAUUUGUAAAUUGGCCCGGUUGAAUCGAUCGUUUCGCAGUGCCUCAUCAGCUGAUUUCAUAUGGGAAUCGAAAUUACCCUCCGGUUACAAGUUCAUUGUGGAGAAAGUACUGGUAGCAGAUACAAGUUUGAGAAAUCUGCAGAAGAAAGAACUUUAUGCCAGGUUGUGCAGGCCUAAUCCCUUUGAUGGUGGCACAAAGGAGAUACGGUUAGAUAAGAACACAGGUGGUGUUUGUUUAUCGAUUUCAUCCAAGGCGUUGACAAUCACCGGGAUCGAUGAUCGGAGAUAUUGGAGUCAUAUCUCCACCGAGGAAUCCAGAUAUUCUACAGUAGCAUACCUUCAACAAACAUGGUGGUUUGAAGUAGAUGGAGAGCUGGAGUUUCAAUUCCCUGCAGGCACAUAUAGCCUGUUCUUCAGACUCCAGCUCGGGAAAUCCUUGAAGAGACUCGGUCGUCAGGUUUGCAACUCCGAGCACAUCCAUGGAUGGGACAUAAAACCGGUCCAAUUCCGUUUAACAACUUCGGACGAUUAA